AUGGCGGUGACGCUUCGCCGAUUCAGCGUCACAGAUGGUCCUGUGUACAUCACUCAAUGCCCGAUCCAGCCAGGAAGGAAGUUCAAUCAAAGAGUGGAAUUCAGCACGGAGGAAGGCACUUUGUGGUGGCAUGCUCACAGCGAGUGGACACGAGCCACCGUCCAUGGAGCUAUCGUCGUGUACCCCAAGGAAGGCUCCACUUACCCCUUCCCCAAGCCUCACGCCGAAGUUCCAAUCAUUUUUGGGGAGUGGUGGAAGAGUGGCGUGUUUGAAAUCUACGACGAGUUUCUUCGAUUUGGGGGUGACCCAAAUGUUUCCGAUGCCAUAACCAUCAAUGGUCAACCGGGGGAUUUGUUUCCUUGCUCAAAACCAGGUAUAUGUGUUUAA